CGUGGGUCUGCCAGCAGCCCGCGGUACCAAUACAAGUGUCAUGGCGAUGCCCAUGGCUGCUUGGAUUGAACCCACGUGCGGGAGUGGGCGUCAUCGGCUGAUCUUGGACAGGAGUGCGGACGUUCCUCCCUGGCUUAGCCUAUGACUCAAACUUGUAUCGACAGAUUGGAGUAAUAUUGGCUUCAGUGAGGAGGAAUGCGGACGAAAGAAUUGAGGACGGCUGAUCUCGGUGCCACGACGUUUUUUGCAGCUUCUCAUCCUCCUGAUGGUUGUGGAAGUAAUGGACUCCCCCUCACUCCCAAUUCUAUUGUCAUCCUCGGCAAGUUUCAGGCACUCAGGACUCUUUCACACCCAAAUAUCGUCUCUUAUGUCGACAUCGUUCGAGGGAAGCAUGAACGGCUUAUGGUGGUUUCUGAACAUCAUCAAUUCUCUUUGGCUGCAAUCUUGAAGGAACGAAAUGAACCAUUGAACGAACAAGAAACAACAUGGAUAGCGCGAGGCUGCUUGCAAGGAUUAAGCUAUCUGCAUCAUCAUGGAAUCAUCCACAGAAAUCUUCAUCCCAGAAAUAUUCUACUUGCACAAAAGGGAGAUGUCAAGCUAUCUGAAUAUGGCCUCUACCACAUGACAGACAAUGGGAGGGCUGUUUUCUUCCCCAUAGGCAAUUUUCCAUACAUGGCACCAGAAGUGAUAGCCAGUGAAGGGAAGAUUUCUGGGCCACAGGGUGACAUUUGGUCAAUAGGAAUGAUCCUUUUGCAAGCAUUCCUUGGAAACACAUGGCUUCCCAGUGCAAGUGUGAAGAAUUGGUGCUAUAGAAUCCUUGAAUUGACAGGAGAUGUUGAAAAGAAAGGCACACUUGAAAGAAUUCUUGACCAAUGGACACAUGGUCAGAAUCAGAACAUGAAUGACCUGCAGAGAGAUUUCUUCAACAACUGUCUCUCCAUUUCACCUUCCUCUCGUUCAGAAGCAGGGGAUCUUCUGCUGCAUGGUUGGCUGGAAAUACAUGGAAAGCAGGAAAUGCAGAUGAAUGGAUUUGUGUCAGAUACAUGCUCCUGUUUCAGUAUCCUGGAAUUACCAUCACUGUUAAGAAAUGAGCCUCACCCUGAAGUAGAGGAGCUUCUCAAGAAGAUACGAGCACCUGUGAGAGCUAUGGUUUCACCUGGAGUUCCUCAGACUCUGCUUCCUUCAGAAUACCCAGGAACAGCCUCAUCCCAACAACAUUCUGAGUUUUUGAUGAGUGAUCACUUGAGUGGGAGAAGUUUAGAGGAAAUCUAUCAUCUAUGGCAACUUGCUGGAGGAGAUGUGAGUACAGAGUUAAAGAAGCAAGGCCUCAUUCGAAGCAAACCUCCUAUUCUGUCUCUUCCAAAGUUGGCAGUGGAAGAAGGAAAAUUGUAUGGAGAAUCCAGGGACCAGAGAAGACUUUACUCUUCAACUGUUGUGAUAUUACCCCUGGAGCAGCUGCGUUCACAUCUUUCCCAUGUGGAUCCCAAAGCUUAUCACCCACUCAUUGAAUAUCGCUCUCAACUGACUUCAAAGAUGGGUGAUUCUCCACCCUCUUCCUUUGAAGAGAUGCAGAAGUUACCCCUGGCUAUUCGAGAAGCAGAUGCUGAGUAUCAGCUUCACAGACUUAUCCUUUUUCGACAACUCUUGCAGGGAUAUCCAUACAAAAGGAGGGAUCUCAUGAAAGAGGCUCAAGUGGAUAUCCCACCCCUGUAUCGUGGCCAUGUAUGGGCAGCCAUCUUGGAUGUCAAAGGGGAUAUCCAGUCCAAGUAUGCCUGCCUGGACAAAACCACUCCCACUUUCACUGACAGACAGAUUGAAGUGGAUAUCCCACGCUGUCAUCAGUACAACAAGCUUCUGUCUUCCCCCACGGGUCAUGAGAAAUUCAAGCCUCUAGCAUAUGCAUGUCUUUCUGCCUUCAUUGACAAGUAUCUGCAUAACUUCUUCCUGAAAGAAAAUGCCCGUAUUAUUCAUGAAUAUCUUGCCAAGUUUUCACAUCUGAUGGCAUUUCAUGAUCCUAUCCUCUUCUCCCAUCUCCAAGUCAUUGGGUUUGAACCAGAGCUGUAUGCUAUCCCCUGGUUCCUCACCAUGUUUACUCAUGUAUUACCUCUGGGGAAGAUAAUGCACCUGUGGGACACCCUGCUUCUUGGCUCAUCAUCGUUUCCAUUGUGUGUUGGCUUGGCACUGAUUUCCCAGUUGCGGGAAUCUCUCCUCUCGUUUGCAUUUAAUGACUGCAUCCUCCUCUUCUCGGACCUCCCAGAGAUUGACAUGCAGAAAUGUGUUGAAGAUUCAAAAAGGAUCUUUUGCACAACUCCACCAAGCAUUUUAUUCAGAGUGCAUGGGAAGAAACCUGGAAGACUGUAUGGAUUGCAGACUUAUGAUUCAUCUGUCACUCCUCACUCUGUAUCAACUCCUGCUCUGGGCCCUGAAUAUGACAUGGAUGAGAUCCCAGUUGAGGUGUUGAAGAGAGAGCCCAGUCCUCGCAUAUCUGCUGCAGAUCUUAUCUGCCUACUUGGUUUGACUACCCGAAAUGACCAUUCACCUCCAGGGUCACCUGAAAAGCUACUUCCCAUUGAUAUACGCAGCCCUGAUGAAUUCAAUCGAGGCUGCAUCCCUGGGAGUGUCAACAUCCCAUUCCACACUGCAUUUGGAGCUGAUAAGUCCCUGAAUCCAUGCAUGCAAGUGGACGUUCUCAACUCCUAUCGAGGUCGCAUCCUUGUCAUGGUUGGGAACAAAGACUCUGAUUUCCCUGUAUCUGUUAUUUGUUGUGCAGUUGUGAUGCAAAUGGUGGAUGCCAUGGAAGCAGUCAGAGUGCCUGGUUUUGCUGAGGAUGAGCUUCUUUUGUCUAGUGGUUAA